CCAAAAUGGGCCGAAGCCCUAAACUUACAAUAUACAUAUCAUCAAACUCAACCGUUCAUUUACCUCUAUCAAAACCCUAACCCUAGUUUAUCAAGCCGCACAGAGCCGAAGCAGAUUCAGCAACCAACAAUGGCGGAUGUUGAGGUCGAUGUUGCAGCAGCCGGAGCACCGAAGAAGAGGACGUUCAAGAAGUUCAGUUUCAGAGGAGUUGAUCUGGAUGCUCUCCUUGAUAUGUCCACUGAUGAGCUUGUUAAGCUCUUCACUGCUCGUGCUCGCAGAAGGUUUCAGAGAGGUUUGAAGAGGAAGCCUAUGGCUUUGAUUAAGAAGCUCCGUAAAGCUAAACGUGAGGCACCCGCUGGUGAGAAGCCAGAGCUUGUGAAAACCCACUUGAGGAACAUGAUCAUUGUUCCAGAAAUGAUCGGUAGCGUUGUUGGUGUCUACAAUGGAAAGACCUUCAACCAGAUCGAAAUCAAGCCCGAGAUGAUCGGUCACUACCUUGCGGAAUUCUCAAUUUCAUACAAGCCCGUUAAGCACGGUAGACCUGGUAUUGGUGCCACCCACUCUUCCAGGUUCAUCCCAUUGAAGUGAGUCCAGUUCUUGUCACGCUUUAGCGUGUUUUUGUUUUCCGAACCGGGUAGGUGGUUUUCAUUUCCGUAAUGUAAGAUGUUACAUGUUUUGAGGAUUUUGCGUGUUUAAUGCUUGUUAUGACAAUCUUUUUUUAAUACUCAUUCUUUAACCUUUAUGCUGUUUUAA